CGGCAGAUUGUAAUAAAUUAGCAUCCGUAAUCAUGGAGUAGUGUACCGUGGUUAUGCGGCAAAAAUAGAUCUCGUGUUUACAGCACAUUGUAAGUGAGCGGUUAGGGCAUCACUGGUCGUGGAUCGCUUCAUGUCGAAUCGGGUCACUCCGGAACCCCCGGAAAACGUGGAACUGAUGGAUUCGAACAACCGAAAACCCUCUAAGACGACAGGAUAUGAUGGAGGUUACUCCACGGUUCCUGAUCAUCGGGCUGAAGUCAUUGGAGCCGGUGAGCCCGAGGGAGGCAUUGGCAUCUGUGGAUGGAUCCUGACUGUUCUCUCUAUGGUGAUCGUGAUCUUCACAUGCCCAUUUUCACUCUGUGUCUGUAUUAAGGUGGUUCAAGAGUAUGAGCGGGCUGUCAUCUUUCGUCUGGGUCGCCUCUUGCCGGGAGGCGCAAAGGGUCCAGGAAUCUUUUUCAUACUCCCCUGCAUUGAGAGUUAUACCAAGGUGGACCUCCGGACAGUCUCCUUUGACGUGCCGCCUCAAGAGGUCCUGACCCGAGACAGCGUGACGGUAUCGGUAGACGCCGUGGUCUACUACCGUGUACAGAAUGCGACUAUAUCCAUUGCCAAUGUGGAGAACGCCAACGCCUCCACCCGCCUGCUGGCUCAGACCACGCUGCGUAAUGUGCUGGGCACUAAGAACCUAGCUGAGAUCCUAUCUGAUAGAGAGGGCAUCAGUCACUUCAUGCAGUCCAGCUUGGAUGAAGCAACAGAUCCCUGGGGCAUCAAGGUGGAACGUGUCGAGAUUAAGGACGUGCGCCUGCCGGUUCAGCUCCAGCGUGCCAUGGCGGCAGAGGCAGAAGCAGCCAGGGAGGCCAGGGCAAAGGUCAUUGCCGCUGAGGGGGAACGGAACGCCUCCCGAGCUCUGAAGGAGGCAUCUGAUGUCAUCGCUGAAUCACCCAGCGCCCUCCAGCUCCGCUACCUACAGACACUCAACACCAUCUCGGCGGAGAAGAACUCGACCAUUAUCUUCCCACUGCCCAUUGACUUGCUGAGUUCAAUGGUCCAUAAGUGAGGAUGUGUGCGAGUGCGUCAUCUUUUUACGUCAGGACAGCAGUAAGACACGACAGCUACUAAGGAGAGACAGGACAAACAUUUGUCAUAUAUUCGUGGCAAAUUGGAUCAAAUAUUCGUCAGUACUGGAUUUUUGUUCAACAGAGAUUCGUUUUCAUGAGAUAUGUUUUCAGUAUUACACAAAGCCAGUAAGUUUGAGUGUGGGGAGGGGUGCGAAUAAACUAAAAAAUGUUACUUUAAGACAUAUAUGUCAUCAUCAACUUUGUAGCCAAAACAGAAAUGUUAUAAUUGCGACCUGUAUGUGUGAGAGACCUGUUGAGGGCCAAAAUUUCGGAUCUUUCAGACGCUUAUUCUUUUUAAGGCCAUUUGGGUUAAAGUUGUUCUUCCCACGUUAUUUUCAAGUUUUACACCCCCUUCCAAUUUUUUUUUCUGGCAACACAAAUGAUACUAACUUACGAGACAUCGAGAAGAAAAGGGAAAAAAUGCCUCACGUUUAGUAAUGGAAUAUUUACUUGACAAAAGUCGAAUUAUUUGCGGCUUGACAAUCAUUCAGGCAUAUCUUUUCGUGCACUGUGGUUGCAAACUUUACCAAAAAGAAGCACAUUUUCAGAGGGAUGCAACGUCCAAACGAGAGAAAAAAAGAAUAGUUUUCCCAUAUUAAGAAACAUACAGGCACAAACUGGAAGUUUGUGCCUGUCCAAGGGUAAAGCUCAUCAGAUUUUUGUGCAGUAAAUGGUAUACGGUGUAAGUUCACAGGAGAUGCCAAAUUUUCUACGGGCAGAGAUAUUAUCUUUUUCUCAACAAAUGGUUUUGUAAGAUAUCUACACGGAGGAAAAUUAAUUAGGAGUUGGUACGGCACUUUAUAGCAGAGGGGAGUAUCGGGAAGGCAGCAAAUGAUAAACCUUGAAUAUUUUUGUAAACGAACAAGUUUUCGGUUGUGCAAUUUCAGUUUUUAACAAAUUGAGGUUUAAAUAUAUUUACCUUGUCUUGUAUUUAUAAUAUAAACAUUGUCAUUUUCAGUAUAAUUUAUUUACGUGUACAUUUCAAAAUAUACAUGUCUUUAGUUGACAUCUUGUUCAAGUUGACAUCUUGUUCAAGUGUAUAGAUGCAGAUUUUUAUGCCACUGUAAUAGAGAUAUAAUUGAGAUAUUUUUUAGAAACAUAUCAAUAUUUUAGUAAUCUAUAUAGGCCUACGUGCAUCCGGUUGUGUGUUUGCAUCAUUGUAUUAAUUAUGUACGCGCAAUAUAUUUACAUGUAACGCAAAUUCAUGUGGGUAUUUAGAGACUUGCCAAGGUAUUGCUUAAUUUAAAAGGGAACUUCAGUGUUAUUUAGUAGAAAAUGUAAAUUUGCAUGUGUGUAUUUUGCCGUUAUUGUAACUCAUUCAAAAUGGUGUGCAAUAGUUACUGGUGUUAUUUGAAGCUGGAAUCCAAGGGUAAAGCUCAUCAGAUUUUCGUGCAGUAAAUGGUAUACGGAACGCUAAAGUAAUCACGUUUAUUUAAGUAAUAUAUGAUAGUUUGUUCGAUCGAUGGAUACACUUUAAGUUGACUAAAAAAAACACAUUUCGCACCUUGGCUGCUUGGUUGCUUGUUAGUUUUUGGUGAAAAACUGACCACAUUUUAACUUCUUGUAUUAUCAAAAAGGCUGGUUCAUAUAUAGGGAGUCCCCCAAAAAACAUCGAACCCAUAAAGUGCCCUCUUUUUCACAGCUUUAAAAAGCAUCAGUCAAAUGUAUUUUGAGUUGUCCAUAAACUUUUUUUUAGCUAUAAUGCACUGAAAACAUAGUUUCAAUCGGUUGAAGACUUGUCGAGUUGUGGCUAAUUAAACAAAGAUACUACUUUUUCAUUUUGUCCACGGCGUCCGAUGUUUGACUGAUGUUUGACUGAUGCAAUGGGAACAAGGUCCGAAAUUUGCAUCCAUUAAACAACCAAGUAGAGGGCAGAGCAGAACACGGUAAAUAUCCAAGAACUGAAACAAAACAGUCUUUUUUUUCAGGACUACCAUAUCUUCCAAAAACAGGAAAUCACAAUUGCUAGAAAAAAAUCCAAAAAAUAUAAAAGAACCAAUAAAGAAAGAUCUUUAAAAAAAAUCAAAGAAAGUAAAACUACCGUCACCCCAAAUCCAUUGUGUUCCUAAUAAAUGACAAUAAUUAGGUCCGCGGACAAAAUGAAAAGGCGACACUUUUAUGAAACGGCCAUAACUCAAUAAAUGUUUUAUCGGAUAGGAAGGGUUUUUUUGUUGCUAAAAAGCUGAUGAAAUAUGCUUUUGGAAUAUGUACAUGUAUCAAUAUUUCUGAUAUAUUUUGAAAAGCUGUAACAAAGAAGGUGCUUUGAGGGUUCGGUGUUUUUUGGUGGGACACCCCGUACGUACCGCAAAUUAGAAUGCGUAGCGAAUUUGACAGAACAAAACAUUCACUUAAAAAUUCGCCGGAGAUGAAAUGUGCUCAACUUUUGCAAAUUCGCUGUGUGAAAACUUACCGUGACGACACAAAUUUGUAUUCGCAUUGGCUUUCGUGCCCAGCAUAAACCGGCCUUGAUGAUUUGGGCUGGGUUUUAUACAUUGCAUAAUACUCAAUGGGUAUAACGUCAGCUAUCAAAACCGUAAAAUGAAAGAGGCUGAACAUUUUUUUACAGUUUUUUUUAGGGACUUAUUAAGGCUACGUUAAAACUGUCGUGUUGGUGUUUAAUUGAAAUUAUGACAAGUGCCAAAAUUCUUCAAAAUAUCACAAGCACUUUUUCUAUUUUAAUAACUUAUAAAAAAUCGGGCUUUGCUGUUGGAGGAAAAAAAGUAACUUCAGAUUACAACAAGGUCAUUGGUACCAGUAAAGUGUCUACAUUUUUCUGUAAAGGUAUUAUUGUCAGUUUAAGAGUGACUUCGUGAGGUACAUAAUUAUGUAGAUGGAUGCUGCAAUAGUAACAUGACACUGCUUGGUAAAAAGUUGGUCAUUUAUGAUACAUGGUACUUCUGAAUUUUGUUAAUGUGUUGCUGUAUAUAAAAUUGAUGUGUUAAUAAUCAUGUCUUGUGUUCAUAUCUCAUUUAAUUGAAACUUGACACAAACUUUUGGAUUGAGGGUGUAUGACAAUUCAAAAGCCACAUGUCAGGCUGAUUGAGGCACAUGUAAUUAAGUUCUGGUUAGAGUGAUUUGUUACAAAAAGCUGUGCCGAGGCUUAUGUGCUUGUGUUACAGAAAAACUGUAAAUAAUUAAGAUUUUACAUGCAUGUUCAAUGUAAUAGUGGUAAGGUCAAACAUGCCUAAUAUUGGGUUCGAUUUGGAUUUCAAACUUUCUUUUGUGAUUGCUCAUCAGCAUAUGAGAUUUUCAUUGUUCUCUUGGAAACACUGUCAGUUAUAUCGACUUUCACAACUUGAAACAAUAAGACCUGUAUCAAUCCAUUAGCUGCACUAUUUUUUCUUUAUUUAGAAACGUAAAUUACAUGCAGCUGAAUAGCGAAAGGCUUUAAGUUUCCUGAAACAAUUUGUUUACUUCUUAUACCGGUGGUACCUUGUGUCUUCAGAUACAUACAUACAUUGCAUGAGUUUAAUAAUGCCACUUGUACAUACCCAUGGAAUAUGCUGUGUCAGUAGAUCAAGUUGUUAAAUUUGAUGCUACAAAUAAAAAAAAAGUAAACUA